AUGUCCCUUUUCGGAACAUCGCCAGAAGAGCCCUCCGCGGCGGCCUCUGCCCAGAGGCCCAAGUCGUCCCUCUUCGCGGACGAAUCGAUCGGUGGCUCCUCGUCCCUCUUUGCGGAUGACACCGGUGACGACAGCUCCUCGUCGCCCUGGAACCCUCAGAAUAACACUGCGAAGCGCACUGCUCGGCGAGACCUCGUCCGGACAUUGCUCCCCGUUUCUGAUGUGCCCGAGAGCUACGUUGAUGCCUACGACCUCAUCCUGAACAGUGGAGAUAGGGUGGGAGCUGGUGUUGGCCUUACCUCGAUCCGAGAGCUUUUGUCUAGCAGUGGACUGAGCGCAUCGGACCAAGGAAAGAUCCUGAACCUUGUGGUCUCUGGCGACCAUGAGACCUCCGCUGGAUUGGGUCGCGGCGAGUUCAAUGUGUUGCUAGCACUGAUUGGACUUGCGCAGCUAGGAGAAGACCUAUCUUUUGACUCGGUCGAUGACCAUCGCAAGAGACUCCCACAGCCGAAUAGCGGUUUCCUCGACCGACUACGAACAGCGAACGAUUCCCAUUCCAGCGGUGCAUUUGAAAGGCCCGUCACACCCCCGGCACAGCCAUCUCCAAUCCAAGAACCCAAUUCCGCACGGUCUCGCCGUUCGCGACGGGAGUCGCUAGGCGGCCUAGACUCGGAUCCUUGGGGCAGUCCGGAGUUACAUCGAAACCACAAUCACGAAACGCUAGCUUCUGAUCAACGGAUUGUAAAUGGCUACGGGAGUAUGCGCUCUACGACGAACGCUUGGUCAACAUCUAGGACGGUUGAAGAGACGAGCCAGAGCCAGAAUGAGAUUCCCCAGCAGGGUCGUAGCAUCGUCCCAGCUGAGACAGUGACGGCACCACCACCACCCAGCAGUUCAGGAUCCGGAUGGGGAGGCAACAUUGGAACUACACCCGACGAGGGUGGAUUUGUGGGAGCCCCGCGCCCGAGUCUCGGUGGCUUUGCGCCAUCCGGCGAUGAACCUGGCGAUAUUGCACCUCGGCGUCGGUCAAUGGGUAUCACCCGCACUACGAACCCCCAGGUAGCAGAGACGGUCACAAUCACCCUUCUCCCCGAGAAAGAAGGAAUGUUCAUGUUCCAGCAUCGGAAUUACGAGGUCAAGUCUGCACGACGAGGCAGCACCGUCGUCCGUCGAUACAGUGACUUUGUCUGGCUGCUGGAUUGCCUGCAAAAGCGAUUCCCGUUCCGACAAUUGCCCCUUCUUCCCCCGAAGCGGGUUUCAGUGAAUGGUACUCACCUAUCAGCCGAUUCAAAUUCUUUUCUGGAGAAGCGGCGCCGUGGACUUAUUAGAUUUACCAAUUCCCUCGUUCGGCACCCGAUUCUUGGCCAGGAGCAACUGGUGGUCAUGUUCCUGACUGUUCCUACCGAACUUUCGGUAUGGCGUAAACAGGCAACGGUCUCGGUCCAGGACGAAUUCGAAGGCCGGACCCUCCCACCUGACCUCGAGGAUUCAUUGCCCGCCGAUCUUCACGAUACCUUCGAGACCGUCCGCAGCGGUGUGAAACGCUCUGCUGAGAUCUAUAUAAACCUGUGUACCCUGCUCGAGCGAUUGGCCAAGCGGAACGAUGGUCUUGCGGCUGAUCACCUGCGAUUUUCCUUGGCUUUACAGUCUCUGACCGAGGUGACCAAGGAUACGUACGCCGUCGACACUAACGAUAUCCCAGGCCUGAACACUGGUAUUACCGCCACUGCUCGACACCUGUCAGCCAGCCAAAGUUUGUUGGAAGAUGAGGCCCGGGCCUGGACCGACGGGGUGUUGGAAGACCUCAAGGCCCAGCGAGAUUGUCUAGUCAGCGUACGCGAGAUGUUUGAUCGGCGGGAUCGGUUGGCGCGGAACAAUAUCCCACAACUGGAGCGGCGUAUUGAGACCAAUGAGCGCAAGCUGCAGGAAUUGCGGGCGCGGCCGUCGGGCACUGUGAAGCCUGGGGAGGCCGAGAAGGUGGAGGACUCCAUUUUCAAGGUACGUUGCACGCCCCACAAUGGCCAAUGCCACGACCCGUUCCGUGCGAAAAUACUAAUCCCGGUCAUCGUGCAGGAUAAAGAGUCGAUCGUGCAGCAGCACGCGCGGGGGGUGUUCAUCAAAGAGUGCAUUCGUGAUGAACUCACCCACUUCCAACAGAGCCAGUACCACAUCAGCCGUCUGCACCAGGACUGGAGUCAGGAGCGAGUCAAGUACUCCGAGUUGCAGGCGGACAAUUGGCGACGACUGAGCGAUGAGAUUGAGGGGAUGCCGACGGGAGAGUAG